AUGGCUUCCCACAACCAUCACGUAUCACACUCAUGCCAACCACCGCCAUUAGGCCUCGACGGUGCCAUGCCCUGGCCAGGUCCCAUCUACAGACAACCAGCCACCUGUCCCCAGUCGCCGGCCCAGCCCACUCAUACCAGAAAGGCAGCGUCGGUGAAAAGUUCGGGAUCGUCUAUCAGCCGUGGCCGGAAGAACAUCGCUGCCUCGGUUAAAGAAUUCUUUCACAGUUUGAGGCCGAGCAACUGUCCCGAACAAGGCUUCACGCUCCGGCAUCAUGAGCAUGAUCAUGGGCAUCCGACGAUUGAUGAGAUCUUGACGGGGGAGCGAAACACCUCGACUGCCAUGCAGCCGCGUACCACCAAUGCUCGGAGAUUCACCACACCCAGGCAGAAGAGUGUAGAUUCUGAUCCUGGUGAGGCCGAAACUCGGCAUCACGACCCGAGUACACCCGAUACAAUUGUUUCUGAAGCUUGGAAUAUUCCUGUGGUACUUCCUCGAAGAGAUUCGAAUAUCAGUGGCAAGUCGAGGGUUAAAGCAACCCCUAUUCCGGUUAGGAAGAUCACAUCGAGGUUGAAUACGAGAUCGGAUGACGGCCCCAAGGCCACUCAUCAUCGUGGCGACAACCAAAUUUCAUCACUCGAUGGAACUUGGGCCAACAUGGGGGAACGGCGAGUGAAAAGCGGAAAUAUCCCUACCUUUUCCAUGCCAUCGCGGAAACCAGUGCCAACCCAAAACCGCAGUUGUCUUCCCACAUCGUCUCAAGCUCCUCAUGUAGGCACUGCUGAUUCCCACAACGUUAUAUCAUCGGCCGUGCCGGGCUAUAACAGAGCUCGCUCACUGUUCCUGGAAAAGCAAGAAGCCCGGCGCCAGCGCCGCAUUCUAAGAGAAGCCGGUGACUACCUCGGAGUGACAGGGGCGAACCCUUACACGGGAAUGUUAGACAAUAUCACGCCCAGAACGAGCAUAGACAUGACGGAGUUUCGUCACGGUUCUCCCCAAUCAUGCCCCAAGGGAUCGCCACGGGGUGAAGAAAAGAGGCGUGGUACUGGGAAACGGACGGGUCCUCGGCAGCCGUCAAAACUCAGCAAAGAAUCGGAACAAUGCCAGAGCCCAAGCAACAAGAGUGUAGAACCUGCUCAGGCGGGGGAGUCAGCCACCACCAGUCACACUUCGAAUUCUUUUUUAGGGAUGGAGACAAUGGCGGUUAUGGUACCGUCAGGAGGAAGCCUCGCUUCAGCGACCUCAUUCCCGUCCAACACGAAAUCUCUCAGGUUACGUUUCCACCCACUGAUUCCCCGGAGACUGGGCCCUGGUCCGAUGGACACCGGUUCCGUCCCGGGCCCGACUGGGAUAAAGAAGCCCUUCUCCAGGAUCCCAGUGCCAGAUCGCUGCCCAGUCUCGCGCAAGAUGUUGCCAGGAACCCCUAUGGCACCCGUCCCCAGCAGCGGCGAGGUCACUUACCCACAUUUGGACCUCACGAACCUGAACCCAGCCUGCCAAUGGGCAAAUAUGCUGAUCGAGGAUCUGAGUGGCCUGGAGCGCAGUAUCCGGGACAGCACCAGAGAAGCCAAGGCAUGGGCGAGUUCCAUAGCCCAGGACAUCAGUGGGUUGGGGCAGGCGCUCCACAUCCCACAACCCCAAUCUGCUUGCACACCCAUCAUCACCAUUACUGGCUGCGAGUCCAGUCCUCGCCGUCAGCUCCCCUCCGUCAUAAAGGAAAUCUGCCCCAAAGGACCCGAAGCCAAGGCCCCUCAAAAGGCAAGAAAGACGUCGGGAAAGAAAGCAGUCAAGACGAAUCAAGAGACGUCAGAAUCCGUAACCGUAUCGUCGUCACACCAGACAUCGUCCCUGUCGCCGAGCGCCGUACCCAAGAACGGCUCUUCGACGCCGCUGGAUUCCCCUCCCAGCAUGCAACCGAACGUAUCGCCGAAACUCGCAAGACCAGAUCUCCAUCAUCACCACAGCUGGACUGCAUCACUGACCGCGGACCGGGUUGCAGAGAUGGCGGCAGAAGAUCUGGCACGUGCUUCCCAGGACGAGUUGCCAAAAGCAGCCAGCGCGAAAACCUCCGGGCGCGUGUCGACGCCUCGUCCUCGGGAACAGCCGGGCUGGGAGAUGCGCAAGACGAUGAGGAAGGAGGCGGACAUCCAAGAUCCAAGAAACGGAAAGAGACGGCCACCUCUCACGUCCACUUAUACGCGCCGGCCAAGUCUGGCGAAGUCGAAGAGCUGGUCGUCGAAGAACCAGAAUUCGGUCGAUAUCAAAACUUUGAUGCAGGCGAUGGUGCAUGGGGCAGCGCGGGCAGCUUUUACGCAACACCCAGCGAACCAAAGAACGGGGUCGGAAGGGAUCCCGGCAUCGGCGUCAGGAUCGGACUCGGCAUCGACCACGGGACAGGCCAUAACUGGAGACAUGAAAGCUGGGGAAGCAACGGGUGCGGCCGAAAAUGCGACGGCGGUCGAGUUGGGAACAAGUCCAAUAACGUCAUUACCAGAACAAAGGAACAAGCGUCACAAGCGUCACAAGCUGAAGGACAGCGCCGGCCACGGCGGCGAUGACAACGACGGUCGUUCCAGAAGCCAAGACCCGAAGUCUAAAGUCAGUGAACCCCAGACGUGCCAAGGAGAUGGGGCGGCGGCUAGUGACGAUCUGUAUCGGCUUUUCCCAGGCUUGGCACUCCCUGUCAGGUCGAUGGUGGCAGUGGGAUCAGGAGGGCCGCCCUUCGAGGUGCCGGUCGGGGUCCGGAUCGUGGUGUCAGUAGUGGUAACCUUUGUAGCGCAGUUUGUCUGUGGGUACUGGGCCUUUGUGCGGCCGGUGUUUCAUCUCGACUCGCCGCUUCACAAGAGGUACGCACGGGGACAGGCUACGCUGGGAGACGUGGUGGUUUAUGUCUUUGCGCUGAUGUUUGUCUUUUUUGCGGGCGCGGCUGUAGUGUGGGUGAUCAGGGGCACGGUUCUUGUGUGCCGUCUGGUCAGGGCGAUUAUCGGAGGAUUGGCAAUGCUGGCGGGUUUGUGA